AUGGUAUCAACGCACGACGCGGAGGCAAUCGGUUCGCUGCAACUAUCGCCCGUUGAAUCCAGUCUGGCAGGGACAGUCCAAGAGAAUGAAGGCCGUAUCUCGAGGAACUCUCAAAGUCCGGAUAUUAUUAUGAUCAAGGAAGUUGUGAAAGCUGCUGACAAAAUCAGCAUCCCAACUGUUUCUCAUCAACAGCCAGUGUCUGUGUGUGAUGAUAGCAUAAAUCGGGGACAAACUGUGAUUUCUCGAUCCGAUGCUGAACAGCUAUCAUCUGGCAAUGAAUGUAAACCAAAAAGCUACACCAGAACUGCAAGGAAGGCCAGGUUAAGAAGAUGGGCAGAAACUGAACAACAGAGAAAAGAUCGUCUGGCGAGAGAGGCAAAAAGAGCUAGGCUAAAGAGAUUGGCAGAAACAGAAGACCAAAAAAGGGCACGGCUAGCGAAAGCUGCAGAAAAUGCCAAAAUGUGGAGAAGCAGAGCUCGGGAGCAAAAAGCGGAGGACGUUGCUAUAAGGAAAAGCUAG